AUGUUUAGAGGUGUUCUUCAACGUAACUUUGUUAGAUUCAAUUCCCACGGUCAUGGUCACGGUCAUGUAUCCAAAUUAAUUAACGAACCAGCUUUCCAACCAAAUAAAGAAGUUGGUGAUGCUUUUAAAAAAGCUUAUGAACAUAAAAGAGAUCAUUCAGAACCAGUUACUUUAUUAUGGAAGAAAAUCACUUACUGGGUAGCAUUACCAGCCAUCAUAAUCACUGCAAUUCCAGUUAUUAGAACUGAAAUCAAACAUGCUCAUCAUAGAGAACAUACCAAACAUUUAUCUGACGAAGAAUGGCCAACUCAAUAUGAAUAUCAAAAUUUAAGACAAAAGAAAUUUUUCUGGGGAGAUGGUGAUAAGACAUUAUUUUGGAAUUCUGAUGUUAAUAGACACAUUGAAGCUUAA